AAAAUCACUCCUCGGUUUUUGUCGAAGGACGAGAAACAAACACUUUUUUUUUAACAUUUCCAUCUAUAUGCGAAGCCUUCACUGUAUAUUUUCACAUUAGAUCGAGGGAGGCAACAUGGCUUCAGCAGUAAAGCAAACGGGAGGUCAGCGGGUCGAAUCCGGGCACCAAGAUGUGGUUCACGACAUCGCAAUUGACUACUAUGGGAAGCGCAUGGCCACCUGCUCUUCAGAUCGAAGCAUCAAACUCUUUGGUCUCAGCGGCUCCGAUUCCCCGACACCACUCGCCACUCUCUCCGGUCACCAAGGCCCCGUCUGGCAGGUCGCCUGGGCGCAUCCUAAGUUCGGAUCUUUGCUCGCCUCCUGCUCAUAUGACCGCCGUGUAAUCGUCUGGCGCGAGGGCGGACCGCAGGGGAACGAGUGGUUGCAGUUUCAAGUCUUCGCCGAGCACAAUGCCUCCGUCAAUUCUAUUUCCUGGGCGCCACACGAGCUGGGCCUCUGCCUCGCCUGUGGUUCUUCUGACGGAUCCAUAACGGUUUUUACGGGGCGGGAAGACGGACAAUGGGACAAAACCAAGAUAGAUCAAGCUCACCAGGUUGGUGUCACUGCAGUUUCAUGGGCGCCUGCCUUGUCUCCUGGAUCUACGGUAGGGCAGCCCACAGAUCCCGUCCAGAAGCUGGUCUCUGGUGGCUGUGACAACACGGCUAAGGUGUGGAAAUUUUACAAUGGUUCCUGGAAACUGGAUUGCUUUCCUGCUUUGCAAAUGCAUACAGAUUGGGUGCGGGAUGUGGCAUGGGCGCCCAAUUUAGGGCUUCCCAAAAGCACUAUUGCGAGCUGUUCCCAGGAUGGAACUGUGGUCAUAUGGACUCAGGGGAAGGAGGGAGACAAAUGGGAGGGUAGGGUUUUAAAUGACUUUAAGACCUCUGUGUGGAGGGUCAGCUGGUCAUUAACUGGAAACAUAUUGGCGGUUGCUGAUGGAAAUAACAAUGUGACACUCUGGAAGGAAGCGGUGGAUGGGGAGUGGAAUCAGGUCACCACAAUACAGUAACUGAAUGUGGGCUUCUUGAUUUUGUUGUGAUUUUCUCUCUUUUAUUUAGAUUGUGUAUUAAUCUGAGAUCUCUUUCAUAGUAGGUUGGAUUGACAAUUUUUUAUUGAAGGACUGUUUUUCAUCCUAGCAGAAAUUCCUUGGAAUAGGCUGGGAGUUUCAUUAAUUUGGCAGAUUUUUUUUUUCCGUAACAUCUCUCAAUCGAUUUAUAUAUGUAUAGAAGUCUGGAAUAUGGCAGUAGUUUCUCGAUUAUGAAAAAUAGAUUUUUUUCUGCA